CACCAGCAACGGGCAGAAAGCUAUAUCUUUAACUAGGGGUGGGCAAUGUAAGCCCUCUUCGACAUUUGACUACAUUUCCAAAAAUUACUGUUGUCAAUAGCAGCUGGGGAAGCCAGACCCACCUCUUUUUAAAGUGGAACCGUCAACCAAACUGUACUUCCCAGCAUUCUAAAUCAGAUGGUGCUGCGUAAAAUGAGAUGGUCUGCAGAACAGGGCUAUUUCCCUUUUGUUACAGCUCAGGAAUGCUUGUGUACCGAGCAGAAAUGCAUGAAUGACACUGUGAGGCGUAGCAGACACUCAGCAUAUUUACAGCAGGUGGCACUGCUUUCUGGCUGUCUAGGCGGUUGCUAAGGCAAUUUGUGGGUCUCCAGGCAGGUUGCCGUGGAAGCAGAGUUACAGUGCAAUCUCUUAUCAGCACCAGGCACAAGAUGACAUCUACACAUUCUCUGUGGACGUGGAAGCCUGUGGCACAAGAUGAGCUUUUUGCCCGUGGCUACCACACCUGCACAGUGAUAAGAGGAAAGCUAUAUAUUUUUGGAGGUGUUAAGUCUGGAGACCCUAAAGCUGUUCCACUUGGUGAUGUAGUGACAUUUGAUCCUGAGCAGAUGAUUGUACAGAGUACAGCUCAUCAAGAUGCCUUUAAACGAAGUCACCAUGAUGCGGUAGAGCUGGGAGACCGGUGGCUGUGUGUGGUUGGAGGAUGGGAUGGCUCUCGAAGAGUGUCCUCCGUUUUCCCCUAUGACACAGAAAAAGAGGAGUGGGAGCCGUGGGAGGAGGCCCCCACAAACAACCCACCAGUAGGACUCAGCAGUCACACAUGCACCAAGAUCUCCGACUACGAGCUAGGGGUGGUUGGAAGAGAAGGAGGGCUACGCAUGCAGAGGCGUUAUGCCAGCAUAUACACCCUUAGGGUCAAUACCAGCACCAAAAAAUACUGGUAUAAAGAAGAGGAAUCCCGCACAGCAUCUCGGUCAGGUCACGCUGCAGUCCUGUUGCCAAGCGAUACCACUUCUACAAAAACAUCCGGGUAUUCCCUUUAUGUCUUUGGUGGAAGAGAAUCAUCUUCAGUUGACUUUGCUGGUCAGUGGAACAAAGACAAAAUCCAGGUGAGAGCGGGCCAUUGUCCAAAACUGACAGAGCAGCUGGCAAGACUUGUUAACAAAGAUGGCAUCAGCCGAACUGCACCAAAAGGUCUAAAGCACCAUUCGUGUUCCCUCAUUGGCCCCUUCCUGGUUGUGUUUGGAGGAGAAAGUCUAAGUAAAAGUCGAGAUGCCGUCUGCAAUGACCUCUUCAUCUAUGACACACGCUGCUCCCCUCCAUCCUGGUUUCACUUUCCUGGUUCCGAUAAUCGCCUUAAGAGAGUUGGUCACAGAACGUGCCUAGUUAACGACAGUCUUUAUUUGGUGGGAGGAUUUGGUGCAGACGGAAAGACUCCGUGCUCGGAUAUAUGUGUACUGGACUUUCCCCAAUGACGGGCACAUCCAACCGCGCCUCGAUUCACUCACAAUGUUAAACAGAAUAAACAAUUACCACCU